AAAACCCUGCUCUCUAUAAGCUAAGCAAAGGGGAAGGACUUGAAGCCUAUGGGAUGGCUUUAGGGCUCUGCCCCUUGCUUUUGGCUCUCUCUCUCUCUCUUUCUCAUUCUCUCUCGUGCUUUGAUCUCUGCUUAACAACAGUAACGUCACAGGGACUAUACAGGAGUUUUGUUGGAAGUUAGAAAGUUUUGCAGCCUCCAGAGGGCUGUAGCGGCAGUAGCAGAAGCAGCAUCCAAGGGACUCCUGGAAGGGGAAGAGAGAGAGCGAGCGAGAGACUGACUCAGUCCUUGAGAAAACUUACUCGAGACGAAGGAGGCAGACAUGGAACAUCAGCUGCUGUGCUGCGAGGUGGAGACCAUCCGACGAGCCUACCUGGAUGCCAACCUCCUCAACGACAGGGUGCUGCAGACAAUGCUCAAGGCGGAGGAGACCUGCUCGCCCUCGGUGUCCUACUUCAAGUGCGUGCAGAAGGAAAUCUUGCCAUAUAUGAGGAAAAUAGUUGCCACUUGGAUGCUGGAGGUUUGCGAGGAGCAGAAGUGCGAAGAGGAAGUUUUCCCCUUGGCGAUGAAUUACUUGGACAGAUUUUUGUCGUUCGAACCCCUCAAGAAAAGCCGCUUGCAAUUGCUCGGAGCUACCUGCAUGUUUGUGGCUUCAAAAAUGAAGGAAACUAUUCCUCUGACCGCAGAAAAACUGUGCAUUUACACAGAUAACUCCAUCAGACCCGAGGAAUUACUGCAAAUGGAGCUGCUGCUGGUGAAUAAGCUGAAAUGGAAUCUGGCUGCAAUGACCCCCCACGAUUUCAUUGAACAUUUCCUUACUAAAAUGCCUCUGGCAGAGGACACCAAGCAGAUCAUCCGUAAACAUGCUCAGACUUUUGUGGCUCUGUGCGCUACAGAUGUUAAAUUUAUUUCAAACCCACCUUCCAUGAUCGCAGCUGGCAGCGUGGUAGCAGCUGUACAAGGCCUGCAUCUGGGGAACACUAACACUUUCCUCUCCUAUCAAUGCCUCACACAUUUCCUAUCACAAGUUAUCAAAUGUGAUCCGGAUUGUUUACGAGCCUGCCAAGAACAGAUUGAAUCCCUCCUUGAAUCCAGUCUACGCCAGGCACAGCAGCACAACGUAUCUUCAGAAACAAAGACUGUAGAGGAUGAAGCAGACCUUUCCUGCACACCUACUGAUGUGCGAGAUGUGAACAUUUAAGAGGACUUCUUCUAAUGGGUUUGCUUGGCAAGAGAAGCAGACAAAGAAAGGGCAUCUGAGAAGGAAUCAGCAUCAGGAUCUCCCCCCCAGAAACCCUUUUCUCCAGGACAUUUUUAUACCAGAAGGGAAAACCCGUCUUGUUAUAUUUUUUCUUGCUCUGUCUCCCUUCCAUCUGUGACUUCAAACAAACAAAUAAACAAAAAAUACCCCAAAAACUGUCUUAAAAAAAGAAAAAAAUAGUAUUUGCAUUACCCCCAGGGGUUUGUGCUACAAAAAUAGAGGAUUUUAUACAAUAAUAAUCAACUAGUUUUUAUAUUAAAGUGUUCUUGUCUGUAUGUUGUAAAAAUAGGCAUUAACACACAAAAUGUCUCCAGGGGAGGUAUUAGAUUUGAUUUCUUACAUAUAAAACAAACCAACCAACCAUUUUUAAAGUAGAAGAGGGUUUUUUUAGAUAGUAAAUGAAAUAUUCUUUUUUUUUUUCUUUAAAAAGCAUAGCUUUAACGCAGUUCUAGGCUUUUCUGUAUCUUGCUUGCUUAUGCAUUUAGUCACUUUAUAAUUCAUCUGUAAAUGUUUAUUUUAUUUCCUUAGUUUUUUUUUUUAUCCUCUUCACCUUAUAAAUGGUUAACGUAACCCAUAAGUUAGUGUAUGUUAGUAUACAGCAUUAUUAUAUGUUAAUCUUUUGUUUUUUUUUGUGUGUGUGUGUGUGUGUGCCUGUGGAUUGCCUGUGCAUUUGUAGGGUUCCAGCUUAGCAUUGUUGGGAAAGGCCAAUGUACUACUCAUACGAUACUCUAUUAUAAAGAGAAACCGAAAUAGUGACAUAAUAUAUUAUAUUUUUGUAAUCUUCAUAUUUUUGUAGUUACCUGUGUAAAAAUGCUGGUCUGACCCCACAGAUAUUCAGCCUAAUUAUGGUCAGGUUCAAUCCACAGUUUAGUCUUUUUUUGUUGUUGUUUGUAAUAUUCUAAAACCAUUCCAUUCAAAGCACUUUCAGUCCAUUAGAUAUAGGAAAUACAUUCUUUUAUUGUGUGGGAAUUUUUUUUUUAAUGGAAUGGUUUGGAAAUAUAUUAAGUGCUUGUUCGCAAACUUGGAAUUGCAAGGCAAGUGCAUUUAACUAUGGUGUUAGAGGAAAGGUGAUUUUUUUUUCCGAAGGUUGUGUUCCAGUGAGAGAAAUUGCAUUCACAAAUUGCCAGGAUAUCUUCCUAUCCUUUUCUAUAGAAAAGUUGAAGUUUAGAAAUCCUUUGGUGCCAACACAUUUUUAUAAAUUAGGGGCCUUAAAGGUUCACAUAUAGGACACAUAGUUUAAGGAUUGUCUCUAGAUGUUUUACAACUGAAGGUUUUUAAACACUAAAAUAUAUAAUUUAUAGUUAAGGCUAAAAAGAAUAUUUAUUGCAGAGGAUGUUCGUAAGGCCAGUAUGAUUUGUAAAAUAAUGCAAUCGCCCCCUUUUUUAAAAAAAAAUCUUUCUACCCUUGACGUUGCAGUUUUAACACAGCUUAUUAAAGAAAAAAGGACACGCUUCAGAGAACAAACCCAAAACAAAGCAGUCUAUUUGGCCCCUUAUACAUUUUCAGUAGCAGUCUAACCAUGAAAAAAACGCCAUAGUUAAUAGAUACGAAAAUUGGAGUACUUGAAAGAAGUUCUUAUUCCAGUAUAUGCCCCCCCCCCCUUUUUUUUUUAUUUAGCUACAAAUAGAAAAUUUGCACAUCUUGGCUAUGUAUCUUUUUAUUAUUAUUUUAGGAAGUAGCUGAAGGGACGUGGACAUAGCUGUUGAAGUUGAUGCUCGAGGAGAAUGUGAUGGUGAAAUGUAUGUGAGAAAACUGCCGCUAAGGUGUUGAUUGUAAAAAAAAAAAAAAAAAAAAGAAAAAAGAAAAGGAAAAAAAAGAAAAAAAGAAAGAAAAAAAGAAAAAGAGAAAAGAAUAGGAGCGGAUGCUCCAUUUUUAUUGAGCUGCUAUGGAUAAAUUCCCAGCAUGGUUUGAAAAAAAAAAUUAACAUUGCUUUUCUGUAUCUUUGUCAUUGUGUUUUGCUGCUAUUUUGUGGAUCAGUUUUUUUUUUUUGUUAUACAAUGUCAUAUACUGCCAUGUUAUAGGUUUUAAUUUUCUCAUAGAAAAUUAUAUUAUUGACAUCAUUUUUUUUGUAGAUUUUUUAUGUGAUCAAUUUUUACUUAAUGUGAUUACUGCUCUAUUCCAAAAAGGUUCCUGUUUCACAAUACCUCAUACUUCAGUUAACCGUGUCUAGACCAGGUUUUAAUGUUCGUACACAGUGCCUCAUAGUUCUACUGCAAAUGGAAAUGCAUCGAACGUUAUUCUGAAUGGGUCUCGCGAUUUGCAACUAGGUUGCAUUAAUUUAAAAACGGCAGACAUUUCAGAAGAUCAAGUAAUGUCAGUUUUUUUGUUGUUGCGCAUUUUAUAAAGCUGGAUUCUUUGUCUGAUCUGGGAUUUAUUAUCAUAGUAGUUUUAAGCUGUGUUAUUAGCCACAAUUGAUAUAUGAAAGGUGCAUUAUAAUAUAACUCUUGUAUGCCACCUGAUGUGUUUUCCCAUCAAUUGGGACACAUCAUUUGGUAUGAUAGGUUAUCUUCUGGAACUCUAAGUAUUUUGUGUGUUUAAUCUGUUAUGAUAUACUAGGUUUUUUUUGUUUUGUUUUGUUUUUUUAAUUAUAGCAUAAUGCUAAUUUAAAACGCCUGUAAAUCUCAUAAAUAAGCCAGCUAACAGAGUUGUAUGCUGAAGAAUAAUCUAGCUGUUGCCUGUAUGCUGCUAAACCAAAACAGAAUUAGAACUCUUUGAGGCAAAUGCAGUUAAGAUCCUACAUAGUGCAUAAACAAAGCAUUGCAAUGCUACUAGCAGUCGCAGGACCCAGGAGGACUGGAUACAUUCUGUCCAAAUUUCAGGAACAUUUACUGCUUACCUCAUAAAACACUUCUGUUCGUGGCAUCUCUGUGUCUCUGAACCAAACGUGAUUACUGAGUUAGUGGUUGUCAGUUAUAUUAUGUGUUACACUGAGUGGCAGUGUGUACUGCAAAAUUCUUUAAAUAUUGUAUGUACUAAAAGGCCAAAUCCAGAUAAGUGGGUUCAUGUGCCAACAGAGAUGCUUUAUUUGUCACAUUAUUAUAACAAUCUGUAGUAAGCAAGCAAUUCAGAUUUGUACAUUUUUAUAUUGUACUUAUUGGCAUCACUGGUCUGAAAUGCACAUUUUCACCAACAGACCUGUAACAGACAAGUUUCCAGCAAAAAAAAAAUCUUAAAAAAACCAACAACCUAAAGUCUAGAAAUAAAAUUGGUAAAACCCAG